GAGUAGAGUGUAGAGUCCUCGCGGGUCGUCCUGGAGGCGGGUCCCAGCCAGAUGUGCUGGCCGCCCCGCCCCGCCCUCGCUGGUGCACCGGGGCGCUUCACCCAACGGAGCUUCUCGCCAGGGCGCCCCCAGCCAUUCGCAGCUCCAAAGUUCCCCAGCUCUCCAGUCCGGCUGUCUCCUCGCGCCCUCUGCCACGGAGCCUGCCAGCUGUGUGCAAAACUGAGGUCCUGAUCAGCAGAGCAGAGAAGGGGCUGUGGCCUCUGUGUGUCCCAGGUCCUGAGGGGCACAGACAAGGAACAAGAUCCCCCCGACAAUAUGCAGCCGCCCUGGGGUCUGGCGCUCCUGCUGCUGCUCCCCUGGGGGGCAGGUGGAGUAGGGACCAGUCCAAGGGAUUAUGGGUUGCCAGCACUGGCACGCCAGCCUGGGGUCUGUCGCUAUGGAACUAAGAUGGCCUGCUGCUAUGGCUGGAAAAGAAACAGCAAGGGAGUAUGUGAAGCUGUGUGUGAGCCCAGAUGCAAAUUCGGGGAGUGUGUGGGACUGAAUAAAUGUAGAUGCUUUCCAGGGUACACCGGGAAGACCUGCAGUCAAGAUGUGAAUGAGUGCGCAGUCAAACCCCGGCCAUGCCAGCACAGGUGCGUGAACACGCACGGCAGCUACAAAUGCUUUUGCCUCAGUGGCCACAUGCUUCUACCCGACGCCACUUGUGCACACUCUAGGACAUGUGCCAGGACAAACUGCCAGUACAGCUGCGAAGAAACAGAGGAAGGGCCACGAUGUGUGUGUCCAUCCUCUGGCCUCCGCCUGGGCCCAAAUGGAAGAGUGUGCCUAGAUAUCGAUGAAUGCGCUUCCAGGAAAGCCGUCUGCCCUUCCAAUCGAAGAUGUGUGAACACGUUUGGAAGCUACUACUGCAAAUGUCACAUUGGUUUUGAAUUGAAAUAUGUCAGUCACCGGUAUGAUUGCGUAGAUAUAAAUGAGUGUGCUCUGAAUACCCGUGUGUGCAGCCUCCAUGCCAAUUGCCUCAAUACCCCAGGAUCCUUCAAGUGCAAAUGCAAGCAGGGAUAUAGGGGCAAUGGACUUCAGUGCUCUGUUAUUCCUGAAAAUUCCGUGAAGGAAAUCCUCAGAGGACCUGGGACCAUCAAAGAUCGAAUCAAGAAGUUACUGGCUCACAAGCACAACAUGAAGAAAAAGGUGAAGCUUAAAAAUGUCACUCCAAGACCCACCACUACACGCACCCCUAAGGUUAACUUGCCUUUCAGCUCUGAAGAGAGCAUUUCCAGGAGCGGGAAUUCUGAUGGAGAACAAAAAAGGAAGGAAGAGAGAAAGAGACAGGGACUUGAGGAAGAGAAAAGAGAUGAAGUCCUAAAGAAUGAGGUAGAAGAGGAGCAAAGCCUUCGAGGAGAUGUAUUUUCUAAGGUAAAUGAAGCAGAGGAGUUGGAUCUGGUUUACGUCCAAAGAAAAGAACUAAAUUCCAAACUGGAACACAAAGCAGACUUAAACAUCUCAGUUGACUGCAGCUUUGAUCACGGGGUCUGUGAUUGGAAACAGGAUAGAGAAGAUGAUUUCGACUGGAAUCCUGCUGGUCGAGACAAUGCUAUUGGUUACUAUAUGGCCGUCCAGGCACUGGCGGGGCACAAGAAGGACAUUGGCCGACUGAAACUUCUCCUCCCCAACUUGACACCCCAAAGCAACUUCUGCUUGCUCUUUGAUUACCGGCUGGCUGGAGACAAAGUAGGAAAACUUCGAGUGUUCGUGAAAAAUAGCAACAAUGCCCUGGCAUGGGAAGAGACGAAAAAUGAGGAUGAGAGAUGGAAGACAGGGAAAAUCCAGUUGUACCAAGGAAUUGAUACUACUACCAAAAGUGUCAUUUUUGAAGCAGAACGUGGCAAAGGCAAGACUGGAGAAAUUGCAGUGGAUGGUGUCUUACUGGUGGCAGGCUUGUGUCCAGAUGAUUUUUUAUCUGUCGAGGGCUAAAUCCCACUGCCCUUCUUUAUAACCUCUUUAUAUGUGGCUUUUUAUGCCAUUUUUUCUGGGGUUUCUUCUUAUAUAAUAUCAUAGGACUCUUCCAUUUAUAAGUAUAAGCUGAAAGUGUGUAAUGUUCCAACAGAAAUACCGUAAGAUUUCUUUCUUGUCUCAAACGUACUAAGACUUGCUUGGUAUGUCACACCACUGUGCCUUCUUUCUCCUGUGUUUCCGAAUUCUCCACAGUAUGUCAUAAAAUGUGGAAAUGCCACCUCAUCUCCCCCUACCUAGUAAAUCUGCUUUUCCUAUGUGAGCUUAUGGACUCUUCUAAAUUACAUUUCUAGAAUAACAGCAACAGGAAAAAAAUAGUACAGAUAAAUGGUUAGUUGUGGAGGCUGAAGAGAUGGCCUAGUGGUUAAGAACACAGGCUUUUCUGGCAGAGGAU